AGCAGAGCGAAAUCAUGGUUGCCUGUAUAAUAACCUCCCUCUCUAACAAUCGUGCAUUGGAAUCUGCUUUCUUACAUUGGAGAUACACGGAUACAAAUGUGGAAACGUGGUGGCCAUGCACAAAAACUCAUGUGUCACGAAAAAGGUUGAGAACUGCUGGUUCUGUGGAUAGAGCUUUAAACCAAAGUCAGAAGAUUUGAACACGCGAUCUCUGGAGCUGGGGUGACUUGAUAGGACAUCCUCAAGAAGCCUCUGGACUCUGAACAAGAAUCCCUUAGCUCACAAAGCUUGUUUGUACUUUUCAAACGGCCGUACAUGACCCAGCACUUUAAUCGGGAGACUACAACAAGGCUAGGCAGCUCCUGGCCACCAUGUGCUCAGAGGAAGGCAGGCAGCCCACCCCUUCACCCAUCCGCUCUCACCUCUCCAGCCUGUGACUGAGCCAGCACUAUUGCACUUUAGAAAAGGACCACAUUGGAUCCUGGACCCCAGUUCAUGUCCCGAGGCUCCUUCUUUGCUGUCAGAGUAAAAACAAAGGGAAUUAUUUCUCCCUAAGUUUUCAAAAACUUCCCAGAACAGAGAUGAAUGGAAAUCUUUAGCUGCAGAAAUGGACAGAUUGCCAGUAAUUUUUAUCUAUAGGAAAAGCCUAUUGAAACUAUCAGCUCACAGACAGGGCUUUCUACAAAGUCAAGCCAUAAAUGACGCGCUUUAUGGUUUACUGGAAUCUUGAAAGCAUUUAAGUCAUUCUAAUCAACAGGAAGCAUUUAAGUACACAGUGGCCAACUACAAAUCAUGGAGAAAAGCCACUGAGUAUUUUUGUGAGGUCUAAAUCACAAAGCAUUUGUUUUAUCUGUAAUUACAUCAUGUUGAGUGGUAGUUUUGUUGUUAUUUUAACUACAUCUUUCAUUCCAAACAAUCUGUUGGAUUAUUGUUGGUUUUUAACCUUGUGGGAAAUCAAUGUACACAUUUAAAAUUCCUGGCAUGCUAAUAUGCUGUGCCUAAAAAGAUUUCAGAUGAAUAGCCAUAUGGUCAAAGCACCAAAGGAAAGCUCAUUUCCUGGGUCUCUAUAUGACUUUAACUUACCCUCUUAGUGGCUAUGAAGCUCAGAGCAUUAGUUGAUCCAGGAACUAUCCAAAUGUGUAUAUUAGCAAGUAUAACAGUGUCUUAGGGCCUAAAGCAAGCUCUUGAACUGGUGCUCAGGCUAAGGAGAAUGAGGAGUUAAUGAAAAUGAAGGGGUGGGAAAAUGAGUAACAGACAAAUCAUAUAAUACCUAAAUUCCUCCACUCUCCGUCUUUAUAAAUCAAAGAAUGCCUUUGAAGAAUGAAACUCAAUUGUUCAUUCUUCAAAGUAUCCCAGAUAUUCUAAUUUUGGCUAAGUGCCCAUCCAGGGCCCUUCCAAGUCAGUAAGUUUAAUAUUCAUCAGGCCAGUUGGCUCCCAGAGGUUUGAAAGCCUUUCAUUUGGCUGCCCUCUUCAGAAGGGAGGGGUCCCAGUGCUGUUUUCCAGGUCCUCUGGGUUGGUCUGGGGUCCCUGUUGGAGGAGCAGUACCUCCUAAUGCUGUGGAGAUCAGGGCAGGCAGAUAAGGCUUUCCACUGAGGAAGCAAGCCCACCUAUUCUGAAUCCCCACCUGCCCCCAGAUAUGUGGUUUGCAUGCUAAAUCCUUGGUUGGUGGUGUUGAACUUAGGAACCCAGUUGCAUAAUGGUUUCUGUCAAAAUACUGCCAUCUUUGGUCCUAGAUUGGGGCUAUUCUCCAGAAUACAGUGGGGCCUUGACUUACGAGUGUCCCGACUAACGAGUUUUUCGAGAUACGAGUCGUCUCUCGGCCGAUUUUUUGCUUUGAGUUGCGAGCUAAAAUUCGGGUUACGAGCCAGCUUCAGAUACCCCACCGCUAGUUGGCGCAGCGAAGGUCACAGUGAAUGCCACAACAUCAGCCCAGCUUCACCUGUCUCACUCGUUCACUUUAAGGGGUAAGCCGUGGGCAAACUACGGCCCGUGGGCCGAAUCCGGCCCGUUUGAAAUGAAUAAAACUAAAACAAAAAAGACCGUACCCUUUUAUGUAAUGAUGUUUACUUUGAAUUUAUAUUAGUUCACACAAACACUCCAUCCAUGCUUUUGUUCCGGCCCUCAGGUCCAGUUUAAGAACCCAUUGUGGCCCUCGAGUCAAAAAGUUUGCCCACCCCUGGGUUAGCUCUUAGUUGAAGCAUCAGUGUUGUGCUCGCAUUUGUGCUUGCAGUUAUUUUGCAGAACUUUGUUUUUUCAACCACGGAUCUGAAGAAAGUAAGUGCGAAGGACAGGGCUGAGAAGAAGCAGCGGAUGAUGUGCAUUGAAUUAAAGAAAGAAAUUAUUGAAAAACAUGACGGAGGUGUGUGUGUAAUCGACUUGGCGAAGCAGGACGAGCGCAGCACUUCCACGACCUGCACCACACUGAAGCAGAAGGAGUCUAUACAGGCUACAACUCCAGCCAAGGGCGUUACAAUGAUUUCUAAACAGCGGACAUCUACCCAUGAAAAUAUGGAGGAGCUGCUAAUGGUGUGGUUAACGGAGAAGCAGCUCGCAGGAGAUACCGUGACGAAGGCUAUAAUCUGCGAGAAGGCACGAGCUAUUUACGCUGAUUUGCUGCAGCAGAGCCCAGGCACUUCGGUGGACGAGGCAUCCGGCGAGCCGUUUAAAGCCAGUUGGGGCUGGUUUGAAAAUUUUAAAAAGAGGACCGGCAUUCACUCCGUUGUCAGACAUGGUGAGGCAGGGAGCGUGGAUAUAAAGGAAGGUGACAUCAACGAGCUCAUCGAGGAGCACGCCGAGGAACUGACAACGCAGGAGCUAAAGGAGCUACAGACACAGCAGCACACGGAGGUUUUGCAGGAAAUAGAUGACACGGAGGAGGAAGAGGGGGAGGAGGUUAUCUCUAUAAGUGAGAUAAAGGAAAUGUUGGGACUGUGGGAGAAACUUUCAGACCUUAUUCAAAAGAAACACCCAGAAAAAAAUGCAACUGGGUGUGCGAUGGAGCUAUUUAAUAACAUUUGCCUAACUCAUUUCAGAAAUAUUCUGAACGGGAGGAUGAAACAGAUCUCAUUGGACAGGUUUUUAUCGAAAACUCCUGUAGAUGAAAGUGAUGAAAGUGUGGCGAAAAGGGCAAAAAUCAGCAAAUAAGACUCAGUUAUUCAGUUAUUCAGUUCAGCCUUUCUCCUCCAACUCUAUCAGCAUCUUUAAGUCGUUUGAUCUCCAAGGUAAAUGCUGUACAUUAAACUUAAUAAAACAAGUUUAUUGCACUACAUUCUGUUGUUCAGUA